AUGGUUGCUCAGGUGAAGAGUUGUUAUGGUAUUAACAUAAAAUACCAUCAUGCUUAUAAAGGAAAGGAAGCAUCUAAGGCAGAGAUAUAUGGCGAUGAUGUAAAAAGUUAUACAGAUCUUGUUUGGUAUGUUGAAGCAAUAAAGGCUACUAAUCCUGGAAGCUAUAUUAAUUUUGAGUAUGAUAAAGAGACUAAAUGUUUUAAGAGGCUUUUCAUAUGUUUUGUUGCCUGUAUCGAAGGAUACCGGUUCGUUCACCCUAUGCUUUACUGUGAUGCAACAUUUCUCACUGGGAGAUUCAAGGGAACAUUGAUGGCUGCCACUGGUGUGAAUGGAAACCAAGGAUUUUUUCCUUUUGCGUAUGCUUUAGUUCCUGGAGAAGACAUUGAAGGUUGGGAGUGGUUCAUGGAAAACUUACAGCAUUGUGUCGACCCUCGUCCUAUCACCUUCAUCACUGAUCGUCAUGAAGGUCUGAAACAAAGUAUUCCCAAGUAUUUUCCCAACUCUUAUCAUAGUUACUAUUUCUAUCAUUUGAAGAAUAACCUCCCCAUCAAGAAAUCACAUGAGAAGUAUAAACAAGUUCUAGAUUUGUUCCAUAAGGCUGCAUACUGCUACAGCGUUGCCAAAUAUGAGUCUGCUUUGAAUGAGAUGUAUGGGACACACUCAUCAAGUAUUGCAGAGUCUUUGAAUAACUGGAUUCAUCAUGAAAGGGAUCUGCCUCCAGCUGCUCUUGUUGAUGAGAUCAGGAUAAAGAUUAUGAGGAUGAGUGCAGAAAGGAUAGAAAUUAUCAUGAUAAUGACGUGCACUUUCCAGAGAUGGAAAGUGUUUGGUUUCCCCUGUGCUCACGUCACUGCUGCUAUUACUAUGAAUGGUACUGAGAUGUUGAGGUUUAUUCAGCCUUACUUUGGUUCGAACCAUUUUCGCAAUUCUUAUGCUCAUGCAAUACGACCCAUUCCCAACUACGACAGGCCAGAAGCAUAUGAACCUGAAGAGAGAGUCCUUCCUGGUAUUCCAAGGCCGCCUCCAGGGAGACCACCAAAGAAGCGUAUUCGCAGUGCCUAUGAGAAGGACAGGAGGCCUAUGAAGUUCUCUAAUUGCAAGAAGAUUGGGAACCACAACAAAGCUACUUGUCGUGUAUUAAUGCUGCAGUAG